AUGUCGAAAGCGGCGGCGGCGGUGACGCGCUAUUUCAAACAGCACAGUUUGGCCGAAUGGCGCCAUUAUUUUCUGUCGACACACUUUUGGGGACCCGUCGCCAAUUGGGGACUGCCAUUGGCGGCGAUUGGCGAUUUGAAAAAAAAUCCGGAUAUGAUCAGCGCGAACAUGACGUCGGCGCUUCUCGUCUACUCGGCCGUCUUUAUGCGAUUCGCGUGGCACGUUCAGCCGAGAAAUUUGUUGCUGUUCGCGUGCCACGUGUGCAAUUUCAGCGCGCAAGGAGCCCAGCUCGCCCGCUAUGUCAACCACAAUUAUUUGCACAUCAUCGAGGACCCCGUCCAUCAUCGUCUCAUGCUACAGAAGGAGAAGCUCGCACAUGAGCACGAGCUCGAUGUUGCUCAAUCGAGAAAAUGA